AUGGGACGCCGUUCAAUAGCCGAAGAAAUUUACGAUAAUGAGUCGAAAAUCAACUUCGGCGUACCGGACAGUGUCCGAAGUUUGGACGGUAUGACGCAAAACCCAGCACUGGGGAGCUCAAUUCAACUGUUCGAGAGCGAACCCUCAGCCGAAGAACAACACAGGCGAUUUCAAGUGCGAGAAUGGUUGGUCUUUAUCUGUAUCGUGAUCCUGGCAAUGAUGGAUUCGUUCAAUGCGACAAUCUUGAUCCCAGCUUUGCCUGACCUCGCAAACAAAUUUGCAAAGCCACUAGCAAGCACAUUCUGGGUCAACACGAUAUACCUCAUUUUCAGCGCAAGCAGCCAACUCUACUUCACAAUGAUGAGCGAGAUCUUCAACCACGGGCCCAUAUGGAUCAUUGCUGUAGUCUUCGCAACAAUCGGCACAGGAAUCUGCUGCGGCUCAAUGAGUCUCGCGGAACUAGUAGUUGGCCGCAUGGUUCAGGGUAUUGGCGGCGGCGGCGCAAUGAGUCUGUGUUUCAUUGUAAUGACCGAUACGGCGCCUGAAUCCAUGCACUCGCGGUAUUCAUGUUAUAUUCUGCUAACGCGAAUGUGUGGCGGCAUUCUCGGUCCCGUUAUCGGCGGCUUGUUUGUCGAUUAUGCAGACUGGCGGUGGGCAUUUUAUUUCAACUUUAUUUUCUGCGCGCUGGGUUUGCUGGCUAUUCCGUUUGCUGUGGACCUUCGCGCAUUGAGAUAUAUCCCGAUGCGUAAAUUGCGCGUUUUGGAUUGGACGGGUGCUACUUUGGCCCUUUUAGGUCUUGGGGCUCUCCUGGUUGGCCUUUCUUGCGGUGGGACCUCCUAUCGCUGGAAAGACUGGCAGACGAUUGUACCUCUUGCGGUGGGUGCUGUGGUUCUUCUCGUGCUUCUGCUUUAUGAGUCCAAGUGGGCUCUGUAUCCGCAGUUCGGGAAGAGAGUGUUUCGGUCGAGGAUGAUGACUAUGACACAUCUAGGGUGCCUUUUGCAUGGUUUUGUGGUUUUUGCUCACUUGCAAUUCUUCCCAUUAUACUUCAUUUCCACUCAUUAUAUGUCUGCCACUUUGUCAGGCAUCACCUUGCUAGCCAUGGUGGGGCUUGCAAUUGCGCCGGCCUCGGUGGUUGGUGUCAUCCUUGCGAGAGAGUUAAGAUGCACCCAGUGGAUCAUCUCCGGUGGUUGGGUCUUGACUUCCCUUGCGAGUGGAUGCUCUAUCCUUUUAGAUAGCUCCACGCCGACCGUAGCGUGGAUAUUUUUGCUAUUCACAGCAGGCCUUGGGCAUGGUUUGUUGCUUUCGAGUUACAAUGUUCGCAUCCAGAAUCUACCUAAAGACAAGGAUGAUUCUCUGCCAACUCUACCAACAACCAUGUCAUACUACAUGCGAUCCUGGGGUAUGGCAGUUGCGGUCCCUAUUGGGGGAGUUGUGUUAUUAAACCGCUUCGCCAAUGGAUUUGGCAGUGUUGAGAUGAAUCGCGACAUAGUAAACUCUGCCAACGGAUAUCUCAUUCUGAUGAAGGAUGUGAGCAUGACAAGUAGACAGAGAGAGGCGGUUACAAUUGUUUCGGUCGCUGCGUUUCAAGCGGUAUGGGGUCUCAUCACGGGUGUGGCUAUCUUCGGGGGAAUUUCAUCUGGUUUCCUGUGGCGAAAAAACUGA